UCUAUCUCUUUGGCUGCAGCUGAGCUCUCUUUUCUUCUAGUACAUUUUUUUGUCGUGCACCAAAAUAAGUAAAACGCGCGCGCGACAUUAUGGAAUACGAUGACAGCAUUACUGGUUCUAGAGAUUGGGACGUGAAUCUAGAAUUGACGCUUUUGAAUGCCGUUGCACGAUGCAAACCUGUUGGUAUCCAUAAACAUUUCCGAAUAAUCAGCAUUCAGCGACAGUUCAAUGAAAGAAGCCCCACACAGUUUUCACUACAAGAGAUCCGUGAUCGCCUGAGUGACUACUACAGCGUGGACGCGCUAGAAGAGUUGGACAAAGAGGACGAAGAGGACGAGGACGAAGAAGAAGACGAUGCAUCACUACACGAAUUCAGUCUGCCGCUGGAUGAAUAUGAGCAAUUGAUAUCCGAGCAUCGACAGGACGAAGAGUCAUCCCCCUCAUCAUCCCCCUCACCCGCAAAGAAGGCCCGGACGAUGAUUAAAAGGGAAUCGUCUCCUGUGUCGUCCAUGAGCCCAACCCCGACUCCGGAGCCGGAAGAAGGUAAGAUAGCCAGCCCUUGCUGUCUCUGUCGGUUGAUUGAUUACACACACACACACACACACGCACCCCUCCCACGCGUCCACUUUGACCUGAUUACUCCUUGUUUUCUCCGCCACUGCACGGUUGUUAUCUGAACAGGCAGACCAAGUUCACGGCGAUCCGCUAGAGGGUCUACAAAGAAGGAGAGCGGACGCAAGAAACAGAGCACGUCCUCGUCCAAGGCUACGGCCAGCACAUCCUCGACCCAUCGACGCAGGAAACGCUGAGAUAACACACAUGUGAAAGACCAAGCCAACGAUCUUCGUUGGAUUCAAACAGCCAACAACU